AUGAAGAACAAUUGGAUCACUAUAUGGGACAAUACAAGAGAGGCAAGGCUGAUAUACGUCUCUGAAAGCAUCACUGAUCAUCUCGGCUGGGAGCCAGAAGACAUCAUUGGAAGAGAGGGCUACGAUCUAUUUUAUCCUGGAGACCACAACAGUUUACGAAAAGUGCAUCUAGCAAACGUCUAUAACGAGAAAAUGUCAUCCAUGGUGUCGUAUCGUAUCAUGGCAAAAGACGGGUCGUUUGUGCGAGUAGAAACCAUUCUUCACUACUGUCAUGAUGUCUUGAUAGGCUCCAACUUUUUGUACGAUGAAGACUCAUUGGAUCACAAAAUACGAGCCAACUCGGUGGAUGAGGUGUUUGUGUGCUUACCAGAUGGCAAUCUUCAACUGGCAGGCGCUUGGAACGAUCGACAAGAGCUUUUCAACAAUGCACUCGACAUGGAAACGCUGUGGAAAAAUAACCAGCUCGCAUUAUCUCGAGAACGUCGAUUUUGUCUCAUUUUAAAUAGAUUCUCAGAGGCAUUGAAUAUCGUUUUCGCAUCAGCAUUAGCAACAGAACUUGUAUCAUUAGACACAGCAAAGGCUAUUGGCACAUCGCUAUAUCAAUACGUUGCAGAAAAAGAUGCGCCUUCGCUCACAUCCCAAAUAGAUUUAUCAAAAGAACAUGACAUGGUGGUGCGACUUCGAUUCGACUGGCUCAUGGAUCGUGAAAAGGGCCUUUCUGAACCUGUGGAAGCCAUUGCAAGCAGCACAGAUGAUGGUAUAGUCAUAGUCUUUCGUUUAUCACCAAGACGUUAUAUGGACGAUUAA